AUGGCAGCGGACCUUCGUGUUCCCGUCUGGACUCGAGUCGCCAUCGAGACGGGCGAACUCCUGUCCCAACCAUCAGACCCAAAAUCCGCACCAGCUCGUCAUAUACACACCUUUACAGGUUACAAUCGGGGCCCAGUCAAAGACGUCCAAGAGCCUAUGCGACAGUACGACUUUGAGGAGCACUUGAAACUCUACGCUGGCACGCCAUGUAUCCUCGUCGAGACCCUCAUCAAGGAUAUUCCAAAUACGGAGUAUUCGGUCUAUCUAUUCAACCAUGUCGAUAUACCAGACAAGUCCAUGGUUAAGAUGACAAACCUCCCACACUGGACGGAUGAGGACGGCAUGCAGAAUAUCUUCUUUCCUCAUCACUUGCCUGCCUCGCAACCUGUCAACCACUAUCAUGCCGUCGUCGGAUCAGGUAUUCCCAAGCCAAACACUGCUCAGACUGGGAGUACAACCGUGAAUCUCCGUGUCGGGCCCGGCGGUACUCAACGUUUCUGGUAUGCCGAUAAAGGUGUCUAUGAAAAUCUCAACAAAUUCAAAGAGACAAACUGGAGCGUCCAAGUCGCCUACGGAACCGCAACCUGCAUCAAGUUCAGAUUCGACAUUUCUGGCCGGGCGAACCGACGGCUCAUCUUUCAGGCCCAAGAGAACAUCGUCGAGGGUCAAGAGCUGGACGAUGUGAACUGGCAUGAUUCCACGCGCGUCAUCAUCGGACAGCCAAACCACCCGUUCAAGAUCUCCAUCAACUUCCGCUUCGUCGAAAGCCAGAAUUUUGACCCUGAAGCAGAAAGCAAGACCAAUGUCGAGAUGUUCAGCAUGCAUUCGCUUUUGGUCAACAACUACCGAAAGACAUUUGCACGACAGAGCGAGAAACAACACACUCUUUCUAAAAGACCAAGAAAAGUCAGUGACGCGCAGGUUCGCGAUGCGAUGGACGUCGGUACUCGAAGAUAUGCAUCUUCCAUUGAUGGCACCGCGUACACCCAGGGUUCAGUCUUCCCAGACGACAUUCCAGCCGCAGAUUCGGAUGAGUUGAAGGAAGAGAGUUCUUUCGAUUACAGCGACUAUGAGCUCGAAGGACCGAGUCCUCACGGGACGUACUACACUCAUCGAAACGGCUCUACACAGCCCAGGGCUAUAUCUUCAAGUCAAGCUGGGCAGUAUACUCAUGCCGAUGGAUCUGCGAGACGACCUGGAAGUGAACCUAGAAGUUCUCCCUACCAGCAUCAACGAAACUCGUAUUCUGGAAACUUCAGUCAGCCAGGUCGCUAUGCAACAGGUUAUCAGAACCGCAGGACAUACUCUGCUUCCCACGGUGGACGAAAUCUUCGCCAGACAUAUCCGUCAGAUCACUACGAUGAAGCAGGGAACUACAUUGGUCCUCCAGCAGUAGACGCCAACUCGAGCGACCUGGUCUCAUUCCCACGUCUUCACGAGUCAAAUGAGCCCUCACCAGAGCAGACCCAAGAAAACGAGAACGAUAUUUUGCAGCGACAGACCUCCACGUCUGAGCCUAACAAGCGAUCUUUCUCGGAGCAAAUCCUUGGUGGUGUACGCAACCUCUUGACUUCAGAAUCGAACAAGGAUGAGAUUCCCCCUCAGCCACCACGCAGUGGCGUCUACCUGUUCUGCCGACACUAUCUUAUCGAGGAAUGUGCUUGUGUUACUGCUCUAGAAGAAGGCGGAGAAGGCGACUACUGCCAGAGAUGUUGGCAAGGGCGAUGUAACGGACCGAGACCCCCAGGUUCAGUUCCUAGAAGAUCUUUAUGGUAA